AGUGACGGGAGAGCGCUUCCUCCAAUCUUCAGAAUUAUUUUUGUAAGCCUUACUGCGUUGCUUUGUUGCCUUCCAGGUUCGCCAGGUUGCAUUUUGAUACCUCAUUUUCAUCUAACUCACUUCACAGCUCUCCCACUUGCCAACCCCUUCGACGAAGCCAACAUGAGCAGCUCGCCCAAGGACGGGGAGAAACCGCACGACGAGUCGCGAGAUCAUGGCGACGGCGACAACGAUGAGGAAGAGAUUUCGGCCAUGAAGCGGCGCGUGGCCGAGAUGGAGGCCGAGGCGGCCAAGCUGCGGGAGAUGCAGGCGUCGCUCGACCAGGCCCGCCAGGACCUGAGCGAGGACAAGGAGGACGUCGACAACCGGAGCAUAUUCGUCGGAAACGUCGAUUACUCGACCUCGCCCGAGGAGCUCCAGGCGCACUUCCAGAGCUGCGGCUCCAUCAACCGCGUCACCAUCCUGCUCGACAAGUUCACGGGCCAGCCAAAGGGUUACGCAUACGUCGAGUUCAGCGAGCCCAGCCUCGUCGCCCAAGCCCUCGUGCUCAACGACAGUGUUUUUAAAGGACGAACCAUCAAGGUGGAGCCGAAGCGGACAAACAUCCCGGGCAUGUCGCGCGGGCGCGGGAGGAGUGGGUUCCGCGGCGGUGGCCGUGGUGGUUUCUACGGCGGGAGAGGUGGCGGCUACGGAUAUUCGGUGAGAGGAGGAGGAUACCGCGGGGGCUACCGGGGCCGGGGUCGCGGGUUCGCACCUUACUGAAGUGUAUUCGGAGUCGCUUUGGAUGGGGGAUGUUAUUCUCCAAGGAGGUUGACGGUCUUUCGGCCCCCUUGAUAUAGGACCGGGCAGGGCUCGUCGAUGUCUUUUCUGUUUUCUCUCUUUUUGUACCAACGGGAUACUUUGUAUUGUUUGCUUCGGCAAGGCGUCAGAGGGUUUGGGCAAAAGAACGGAAAGUCAGCUCGGGGAAAUCCCGGGGCAUGAUCGACAAAAGGUCGUUGUUCGAAAUCCCCUCAUUGGCAGGAGACGUAUCGAGGAUUGCUUCGUCUUCCAUUAUAUGAUUAUUGGGAGGAUCCUAGCUGUUCUCGAGUGCCGAGUC